GCAUGCAGUCCACUGUACAUCGUCUCGUCUCCGUUUCAGAAAAGGGAAUUCAAUGUCAUCACCAAAGUACACCAAAAUAUACUAAACAAGCCAACAUAAGCAAACGUAUAUUAAAAGGCAUCUGUGAACUGGGAAUACAUGAUGGAAACAAAUGUACAGCUUCCAGUUAUAGAUCUGAAGAAGGCUCAGGACAACACACAGAGACUACAAGUUGCUGGAGAGCUGGUUACAGCUCUAGAGACAGUUGGUUUCCUUUAUGUCGAUAACGCUCCAGGAGUAGAUCUGGAGACACUUCUGGAAAAUACAAAAAGAUUGUUUUCUCUCUCAUCAGAAGAGAAACGCAUGAUCUCCAAACAUAAAUGGAAUCCUAUCAACAAAAACAGAUACCGUGGCUACUUCCCUUUACAACCAGAUGAUAUAUCGUACAAGGAAGGGUUUGAGAUAGGAGUUGAGAACUGCCCAUUCAACGAUCCUGAUAUACAUCCUAUGUUCACGGAGCCUAAUCUCUGGCCCCGCUACAUGGAUGGAUUUGACGAGUUCCUGAGAGAUAUGCAACAGUACUACAAAGCUGUCUUGAACACCGGGACAGAAAUACUGCGAUUGCUGGCUUUGGGAUCAGGAUUAGACGAGUAUUGGUUUGAGUCGAUGUUUCUUCCUGAUACACUGUCAACUCUUCGUCUUCUUCACUACCCACUGAGGUCCUCCAACCCACCAGACACAGCAAAAGAUGGUGACACUGUGCUCUGUUGUUCUGAACAUUCUGAUUCUGGCUUCGUGACCCUCUUGUCGACUUUUCACUAUCGAGGUCUUCAGAUAUUCAACCAAAAUGACAAAUGGGUUGACGUGGAACCAAGGCCUAACUCUCUUGUCAUGAACAUAGGGGACAUCUUAUCCAAGACUAGUAAUGGUCGUUUCAAGGCUACCAGACACAGAGUGGUUGAAACGGGUAUGGACAGAUACUCUGUACCUUUCUUCUUUGAGCCGAGGUAUGGUGCUGAGAUAGGGCGAAUGAUGCCGUUUAAGCAAGUUAUGAAUAACAACUACACAGAAACAAAUGAUCAUGAAUUUGCACCAGAAAAUAGUACAAAGUACGGACCCUGGCUUAUUGGGAAGAUGCAGCAGUUUGCUGAAUAUAAAGACAUCCUGAAGUCGUGAAGGUUUUAUCUACUUGGCGAUGGACUGACUAGCCGUCAGUCGGUUGACGGAAUCUUGGUCAUUGGGUCAAUGAACAAAAGGACAUUUAAGCCAUCUCUGGUUGCGAUGCUCAAGGGACUCAAUAUGGUGCAAUAUAUACCUUUAACUUUUUUAUUACUAACUAGUAUAUGCAGUUUUUUAUUAAAAUAUUCUGCUUUUCCAUAUGCUGCUAUCCGAUAAUCUGAUGAUGCUUUGCUCGAGGGACUGAAUAUGGAGCAAUAUAUACAUUUAGCAUUACUAUUUUACAGAAUAACUAAUAUGCAGCAGAGAGAGAUGGGCCAGACAAUGUGAACUGAAAAGCUAUCAUGGCGCUCUCGUGAAUGCAUGACACGUUUGUGGCUAACAAAUUAUAUUUUUAUCUUCAUCACCAUUGUUAUGUUUCACAGAUUAAAAUUAGUAUGCAG